AUGGACAAGGUGAAGAGGAUGGCAUCACAAAAUGCAGUGGUGGUGUUUAGCAAGAGCACAUGCCCCAUGAGCCAUGCCAUCCAGACCUUCUUCCAUGAUCUCGGUGUCCAUGCCACUGUGUACGAGGUCGAUGAGCUUCCCAAUGGGAGAGAGAUAGAGAGGGCGUUGGCCAAUUUGGUAGGCCGGGGCCCUCCAAUCCCCGCCACUUUUAUCGGGGGCCAUUUCGUGGGCCCCACUGAUAAGGUUAUGUCUGUUCACCUCAGUGGCAAGCUUGUGCCCAUGCUCAGAAAGGCAGGGGCCCUUUGGGUUUAG